AUGAUGUCGUCCGACAAAGAAGACAAUGGCAAAGGUGCUGAGGCAGCACAGGAGGCCAGCUCAGCUCCCAGCACUGAAUCCCGCGCACCCGGAACCACAGAAUCUCAUCUCGAUGGCGAUGGCGACGAGGCGGCUUUCUUGCGAACCAUCACAGCCGAUAUCCGCGAUCAAGAUGAUCUAGAGCGCGAUAUCACAACACAGGCCAACGCUGCCUUGAUUGAGGCAGAAGACAAAAAGGAUAAGCAGCGCAUUGAGAAACUUGAAGCCACCAAAGAUAAACUCGAGGCAAAAAGAGUAGACCAACGGAAGAAGUUGGAAGGAGCUCGUCGGAACCCUUAUCAGUCUCGGAUCAUACAGAAGGAACUGGACAAGCUGGACCUAGAGAUCGAGAAUGCUAUCAACGACAUCUCUGACUGCCAAGCUCGUAUUGAUAAGAGACAGGAGGAGAUUGCAGUUGUGGAGGAUCCUGUCAAGAGCAAGUCUAAGCGCUUGGCUGGCGAGUCGCACCGAGAAUUCCUAGUCAGGACAGGAAAGAUCACACCCUUUGCCAAUAUUGGUGGUGAACGACCUGCUGGUUUCGAAGGCGAACUAGCAGAUGUUCUUGUCGAAGCUGAGCAGGAUGCAGCUGCGGAGGAGUACCAAAGCGACGAUGAAGAGCCAAAGUCUCAUCAAGUACUGCGGAUGCCGGGAUUCGCGGAACAUCCAGAGACAGCCCCGGUAUCUGCGGAGACAGAGUUCUCUCUACGGCCGAGGAAAAAGCGCAAGGUGGACCAAGAAGCAUCAUCCGACGAGUUUGAUGCGUCAGCUGCCAGUUCGCUAGAGAGCCAGUACGCUUCAGAUACUAGUGAAGAAGAAGCUACCGGUCGCAAACGUAAGAAAGGCACGACCACGGACAAGAAGGAUAAGCGUAAAAAGGCUUCAGAGAAUACAGUGACUGUUGGCAACACAAAAGUCGACCUUAGCAGCGUCGACGACGGGAAAGAGGCGAUCUAUCAAGCCCGCCUUGCCGACUGGGUCAGAAGACGGAGCGGAGCUCGUCAACAACAAAGGGGCAAUGCUGGCGGUGACGUCUCAACUGAAGAGAAUGGCGAAGAAGAGUGGUUCAAGCCUUCACCUGAUCAGCCAGAUCACGAAUUUGACAAUGGACUGAGGCUCCCAGGAGACAUACAUGCGUCUCUUUUCGCGUAUCAGAAGACCGGCGUUCAUUGGCUUGCAGAGCUCUACGAACAGGGCGUAGGCGGCAUCAUUGGGGACGAGAUGGGUCUGGGAAAGACAGUGCAAGCCAUUGCUUUCGUUGCGGCAUUACACUACACCAAGAAGCUCGACAAACCCGUCAUCGUAGUUGUCCCUGCGACUGUCAUGCAGCAGUGGGUCAAUGAAUUUCACCGAUGGUGGCCUCCAUUGAGAGUGUCGAUUCUACACUCAUCUGGCAGCGGCAUGGUGAACAUGGCUGAAGAUGAUGAUGACGAAACAUAUCCUGGAGAUAGAACGAAUCGUGACGCCGCAGAGCGUAUCGUCCGGCGUGUUGCCAAGCAUGGACACGUUCUGGUCACCACGUACGCAGGCCUGAACACUUACGGAGAACAAUUGCUGUCCCUAGAAUGGGGCUACGCCAUCCUCGAUGAAGGCCACAGAAUUCGCACUCCCAACGCGAAUGUCACAUACCAAGCCAAGUGUCUCAAUACGCCUCAUCGACUGAUUCUCUCGGGCACACCAAUCCAGAACAAUCUCACUGAGUUGUGGUCGUUAUUUGACUUCAUUUUCCCCAUGCGCCUAGGGACUCUCGUCAACUUCAGACAACAGUUCGAGAUUCCCAUCAAGAUGGGUGGUCACGCAAACGCAACCAAUCUUGCGGUCUUGACUGCUGAGAAGUGCGCAACGACAUUAAAGGAGACAAUCAGUCAAUAUCUGCUUCAGCGGCUAAAGGUCGACGUGGCGUCAGAUCUGCCAGAGAAGACAGAGCAGGUGCUGUUCUGCAAGUUGACGCCGGAACAAAACGAGGAGUACAUCAGGUACAUUCAUUCGGAUGCCGUCUCCCAGAUCAUGGCCAAAAAGCGUCAAUCCCUGUCCGGAAUCGAUACCCUGCGAAAGAUCUGUAACCACCCAGACCUCGUCAGUGUGAAUAAGAAGAGCCAACCGGGAUAUGACUGGGGUAGUCCCAGGAGAUCUGGCAAGUUACAGAUGGUUGGCGAUCUUCUUCCAAUGUGGAAAAAGUUUGGGCACAAGACGUUACUAUUCUCUCAAACCAAAAUUAUGCUUGACAUAAUUCAAGACUUCAUCGGCAAGAUGGAGGGAAUGAACUACCUUCGCAUGGAUGGAGACGUUACCAUCGAGAAGAGACAGGUUUUGAUUGACAAGUUCAACAAUGACCCUUCAGUUGACGUUUUUCUUUUGACAACCAAGGUGGGCGGCUUGGGUGUCAACCUGACUGGUGCAACCAGAAUCAUCAUCUAUGAUCCUGACUGGAAUCCGUCGACAGACUUGCAAGCACGCGAGAGAGCUUGGCGACUCGGCCAGACAAAGCCGGUUGCGAUUUACCGGUUGAUGACAUCAGGUACUAUCGAGGAGAAGAUUUACCACCGCCAGAUCUUCAAGCAGUUCAUGACGAACAAAGUCCUCAGAGAUCCGAAGCAGCGAGCCAACUUUGAUUUAUCCGACCUCUAUGACCUGUUCAGCUUUGGUGACAAUAGCCACAGUAUGGCCAGCGCCAACAGAAGUAAGGUAUUUGAGGGUGCAGAAGUCAAGUUCAACCAGUCAGAGGGCCACAGUCAGCUGGAGAAGCCGUCGAAGAACGCCGUACCCAUCUCCUCAGUCAAGGCAGAAGAUGAGGUUGACACAGUCCGCAAACUUUCCGGCGUCGCUGCGAUGGAGGAGUUCACAGAACCUACAGACGACGGCGAGGAGAAGCGAAUAACCGAGAACCUCUUUUCCCGAACCGUGGAUAGCGCCUACGAACAUGACCAAAUCAUGAAUGGCAAGAAGAAGGUACAGGCUGAUCAGGCCAUGAACCGACACGAGGCGAACAAGAUAGCUGCGCAGGCUGCCGCCCAUUUGCGACGGUCUGGAGAAGCUGCGCGCCGCACCCCCAUCGGAACCGUCACCUGGACCGGCGAGAUCGGCGAGGGAGGCCGGCCUACUGCACCGCGGCGCCGGGGAGUGAAUUCUUCGGCUGUUAUGUCUGCCCUAGCGGAUCGUCAGGGGUUCAGCCAGCCGACUAGUGGCUCCAGCUCGCGGGCCAAUACUCCAGGUGCGGACAAACCUUUGAAGGAGAAAGACUUUAUACCCUUGAUCCAGGCUUUCAUGAGACGCCAAGGAGGCAAAUCAGUCACCAAGAUGCUGGUUGAUCACUUCAACCCGUAUUGCAAAACUCCGAAACAGACGGACGACUUCAAGAGUGCGCUGGACAAGGUGGCCGUCCUGGGGAAGACGAGUGGUACAGGAAGGGGUACCUGGACGUUGAAGCCUUCAUUUAAAUAG